GGAAAAAAGAAAAAAAAAAAAAAAGGGUGCGGCUUCGCUUCUUCUUCCCUUGCUCUCCAAUCUCUUAUUAUCCGUUUGAUUUUUCUUUCUUAUUCUUCUUCUUUCAUUAAUUCAAAUCAAAAUAACAGAAAGAAGAACAGCGACGGUGGUUACGAUGGGGUCAGGUGCAUCGAAGAAUAGUGAGGACGAUGACGAUGGUUCCAAUGGCGGAGGUGGUCAGCUCUACGUUUCACUCAAAAUGGAGAAUUCUAAGGUUGAAGGCGAGCUCACUCCUCAUGUCUACGGCUCUCUAUCCCUCAUCGGUUCCUGGGAUCCUUCCAAAGCUCUUCCGAUGCUACGUGAAUCUGCGUCAAUGUCGGAAUUGAGCUUCGUUGUUCCUUCUGAUCACGAGACUUUGGAUUUCAAGUUCUUGUUGAAGCCAAAGAACAGGAAUACGCCUUGCAUAGUGGAGGAGGGUGAAAAUAGGCUUCUUAUUGGUGGUUCGUUACAAGGGGAUGCUAGAUUAGCUCUGUUUAGGCUCGAAGGUGAUGUGAUUGUUGAAUUCCGAGUCUUCAUCAAAGCUGACAGAGUUUCGCCAUUUGAUCUUGCUACUAGUUGGAGAGCUUAUAGGGAGAACCUCCAGCUUUCUACAGUACGUGGAAUUCCUGAUGUCAGCAUUAAUCCUGAUCCAAAAUCUGUUGAGCAGUGUCCUUCAGAAAGUUUGGAGCUCGAUCUUGCGCAUUAUGAGGUUCCUGCUCCUGCACCUUCUGCAAACUCGUCCCUUGUUUAUGCGGCUGACAAUGCCGAGAAUCCACGAUCUCUUUCAGCUUCUGGUACAUUUCUUAAUGAUAAGAAUACAAACACAGCAUCAAACAUUUCUGAAGAUUCUGAUGUUAGGGUUGAUGGAUCUCCAUCUGCAAAGGAAAUGACGAUCAUUAUUCCCGAUUCCUCAAAUAUCUAUUCGGCUUCAGGAGAGGCUGAGUCAAAGUCAGUGGGAACACUCUCACUGUUUCAGCAAAAAGAUGGUCAAAAGGGACUCUUUGUUGACCGCGGUGUUGGCUCCCCUAGGCUAGUCAAGUCCAUUAGCGCAAGCUCUUUUUUGGUCGAUACCAAGCUAAUCAAGAAUUCAAUGCCAGCCGCUGCAGGAGCUGUUGCCGCAGCAGCAGUAGCUGAUCAAAUGCUUGGACCGAAAGAAGAUAGACAUCUAGCUAUUGUCCUGGUUGGCUUGCCAGCUCGAGGAAAAACUUUUACUGCAGCAAAGUUGACAAGAUAUCUACGCUGGUUGGGACAUGAUACUAAACAUUUUAAUGUUGGAAAGUACCGACGGCUUAAACAUGGAGUUAACCAGAGUGCUGAUUUCUUCCGAGCUGACAAUCCUGAAGGUGUAGAGGCACGGACUGAGGUAGCAGCACUUGCAAUGGAGGACAUGAUAGCUUGGAUGCAGGAAGGUGGUCAAGUUGGAAUCUUUGAUGCAACUAAUAGCACACGAGUCCGACGGAAUAUGUUGAUGAAAAUGGCUGAAGGAAAGUGUAAGAUCAUUUUUCUGGAAACGCUAUGCAAUGAUGAGCGCAUUAUUGAAAGGAACAUACGUCUUAAAAUCCAGCAAAGUCCUGACUAUUCAGAAGAAACGGAUUUUGAAGCUGGAGUACGAGACUUUAGAGACCGUUUAGCCAAUUAUGAGAGGGUUUAUGAGCCUGUAGAAGAAGGUUCUUACAUCAAAAUGAUUGAUAUGGUCAGCGGGAACGGUGGACAGAUACAAGUGAACAAUAUUAGUGGUUACCUUCCUGGGAGAAUUGUGUUUUUCUUGGUGAAUACGCAUCUCACACCACGACCAAUACUGCUCACUCGGCAUGGAGAAAGCAUGGAUAAUGUUAGAGGCAGAAUUGGAGGAGAUAGCGUAAUAAGUGAAUCUGGAAAACUUUACGCAAAGAAACUUGCCAGCUUUGUUGAAAAGCGACUUAAAUCUGAAAAGGCUGCUUCGAUUUGGACCAGUACACUUCAGAGAACAAACUUAACAGCAAGUUCCAUUGUCGGAUUCCCCAAGGUGCAAUGGCGUGCCCUGGACGAGAUCAAUGCUGGAGUUUGCGAUGGGAUGACAUAUGAAGAGGUAAAGAAGAACAUGCCAGAAGAGUACGAAUCUCGGCAAAAGGACAAAUUACGAUACCGAUACCCUCGUGGAGAGUCCUACCUUGAUGUAAUUCAACGGCUUGAACCUGUGAUCGUUGAGUUAGAACGACAAAGAGCUCCUGUCGUCGUGAUAUCUCACCAGGCUGUUCUGAGAGCCUUGUAUGCAUAUUUUGCGGAUCGUCCCCUCAAAGAAAUACCACAGAUCGAGAUGCCACUUCACACUAUCAUAGAGAUACAGAUGGGAGUUUCUGGUGUGCAAGAGAAGCGUUAUAAACUCAUGGACUGAAUCCAAACAACAACUAUUUCCACAAAUCUAGACAACUCUCAGUCUUAAAGUUUUUUUAUUUUACCACUGCGAGUAUGGUUGCAGAUAUCUCUGGGCUGCAUUUUGGUAACCCAGUUCUUAAUUUAUCCACCAAAUAUUUUUAUUUAUACUCCCGAAUGUCCUGUAAUUUCAAAAUGUUAUAUAUUCUUCAUGAAAAUUAAAUUUAAUACUACAGAUACAGCUGAAA